GGUCAGCUAACCGAAAUGGCCACUCGAUUAGCGGCGACAGCUGCUCGACAAACGCUUGCAGCAAACAGAGAUGCACUUGAAAGACCUGGACGACCUGAAGUCGGUCCGAUUUCACUGGACGCUCGUCCGUCUGAGAUCAUCGGACAAUCGCUUACGAAUGCCGUUUCACCAACCAUCUCGAAACUUAUCGAUCAAACCGAUACCCUCAAUCGGCUGCACCCACUCUAUAACGCCAAUCUUUCACCGAACCCAAAUGCUCCUGUAUCAUCGGAGAACAUUACUCCCAUUUCAUCAAAUCAACCCGACAAUCAGCAAUUUGUUUCACCCGAUCUGAGCGUUGCACCACAAAAACCAACGCCGAAUUGGCUGGGCAAUCUUGACAACGAUCUGACUCGAAAUUCAAUCAUUCGAUUGACCGAAGCAUUCCUCGGUUCCCAGGGCUCAUCAAAGCAGCCAACAUCAAAUCUUGCUUUUGGUUCCAAGCAGUUUCAAGCGGAUAAUUUCAAGCAUCCAAACACGAACGGCGACUUGUUCCCAACAAUUCAUCAGUUAGCACCUGGUGCAAGCAGCAAUUUCGGUAUACCGAAAGGCGAAGGCAAGAUCUUUCCAUUUAACAUUGUUGAAUUCUUCUCAAAUUCACUAACGACGAAAUGGUCAACGGAAGUGAUUUUAGGUUGUGUGCCGUUUUUAAGCGAAUUUAUGCAAGUUCUCUACGGUAAUUGCGUUAAAGAGUCAGACGCUAAGACGUGGGACUUAUGGGGCGGACAAAUCUUUGAUGCCUUACGAGGAGGAAAAAUGGAUCUGCUCAAAGCAUCGAAGGAAACGUGUAAACGCGGUGUUGAACGACAGCAAUGCGGUCAGCUACGACGAGCAAUCAGUUCGUGUGAUAUCUUAGGCUCAUUACAAGUCACUAUGGAAAUACAACGUGCCAUGAAAAGAUGUGACGAAGUUACUGGAUUGUUGGAUCAGAAUCCAAUGGCCGUAUUGAAUCAAAUAAACAAUGUUAUAACUGGUGAAGUGGCGCAAGGAUUCCUGCACAAAUUCCUCGGCUAG